AAGGUUAUUAAACUCCUAAAGGAAAAUGUUAUUGCCUUUGUGAAGGGGUUCAUGAACUCCCAAGAGCAAGUGAAGGGUGUAUAUCCCGAUCUUAACCUGGAUUCCUUCAUUCCUCAGCUUGGGCCAAAGAAAAUGGCGAAAGUGACUAUUGGGGCUGCUACUGAGGUAGUUAGUGCUGGUGAGGGAACCUUGACUGGACCUGCAGAGAGGGGCAAGGAGGUGGGCACUGAGGCAGCCAGUGCCAAGGUAAUUGAAACCGAGAUAGCUUCGAUCGGUGCUACCUCUCCACUGCUACACGAUCGAUCGGUGCUGCUCUCCACUGUUACACGAUCGGUGCUGUUCUCCACUGCUACACUCCAAAGCUUCGAGUUUUUCGCUGCUUCUACACUAUCGUUGCUGCUGGCCAGAGAUAUCGUUGGGUUUGGAGGGCUGGUCUGGACUGUGGAGACUCCAGUCCAUAUGAAGAUCCCGCUGUCCAGUCCAGUCUAUAUGAAAAUCUUAUAA